CAAGCUCUCACGAAGACUGCAAGGUUGAGUUUUAUUGUUAAAGUCUGGAUAUGGACUGGUCUACGCUCGUUACAACCCUUGGUUUAGGGUUUUUGUUCCAAACAAUGUAUUUUUUCGAAGUAAGAGGCAAGGAAUUGGAUGAUUGUAGAAACUGGCAAUAUCUACUACAAGGUGGUAAAAAAUGUGAGGAUUGUCCGGCCUGUCCAGCUGGGACAAUGUACACAACACACUGUGGACGUACACAAGAUUUUAAUGGAAACAUCGAAAUUAAAGGGCCAAAAUGUAAACCUUGCGAACUGGGAYUCACUAAGCCAGUUAAAUCAAAGAAUGCUUGUCAUCGCUGCAAACAGUGUGGAAACAGACACGUUAUUCAGUCAUGUAAUGCCACGCAUGAUCGUCAAUGUUCUGACUGCAAAAAGGGGUUUUAUAUGGAAAGUGGUAAUUGCCACCCUUGCCAGCCUUGCUGUGGAAAAGAAAAAUUUAGUAAGGAAUUCGGAAACGAGUACAUAAGACARAAGUGCGUUGAUGAUAAAAUGGGGGACUGCUGUUGUCGCCCAAUAGAGGGGUGCACCAAAAAAUGUUAUUUUAAUGCAACAACGUCCCCGCYUAUCCUUUCGAUUGUGAUCACCAGUCCAAAGARUUUUCUUCCGACUGCUAGCACAAGUAGGGCCACAAAACAGCCGAUCGUCAGCUCGUAUACAGAGACAACAACAAACUCUAUCAUCAGUUCAUCUACAAAAYCAAACACUUUUGAUCCAAAUUUUGGUGGAGUAGACCUUCCUAAGUCAAAAUCCGAAUCGUCGAGCACUAAAGAAAUUGGUGGAGUGGAUCCUGGCUGGCCAAUUGCUCUUGGUACUAUAUGUUUUUUGUUUAUUUCUGUGGUUAUGCUCUUGUCAUUUACACACUCGAAUGCAAUCAAGAAAAUGAAGUCCUUCAUGCUGAACAACGUAAACACCAAGUGUGAACAUCAUGAGUCUAGUGACUGUGCCGGUGACAAAGGGAUUGUAGUACGUGUUGGUGGCAGAUUCGAAGAGAAGGCUAGACCAAACUUUACAAACUACGCCCAAUUGGUCGAAGGUACGGAAACAGACUCAUCUGUAUCACUGCAACCACAGAACCUAGUAAAUGCUACCGAUGACGAUCAUGCUUUGAUGUGCGCUUGCCACAUGACCGAAAGAAAUACAAUUAGUUCAGCCGAUUCCGAAAAUAUCGCAGGACCUUGGUUGUAUCGUGAGCUUGACAUCCACAGGCAGCACAGGCGACCACGCUCCAGAGCAGAGAAACCUAACGAUGCUGCGAUGUUCUGUGGAGAGUUCGUGCAGCUACAAGAGUUAGACGAAUCCAGAACGAACACUUCGAUAUCUCUAGAAGAUCUUAGUGAACACGAUAACGUCGUCCCCCCGAGUAAAUCGGACAUAGAAAAUGUACAAGAGAACGAAACGACCGAUGACGUCAAGAAGGAAGGAGAAGAGAACAGUGAGACAGAAGAGACAGUUACCGCGGUACCAGUUACUACUCAAAAUAGAGAUGAAAACACUGUUGUCAUAGCAAUUGGACAGCACAAUGAAACGAUGAGUCAUAUGGAUGUUAACGCUCACAAGGUGACUGGGGAAAGAUGGAGAGAAACAAAACGGAAGAAACCGGCAUCACAUAAGAAGUCUAAGAAGAAAACAGAGGACAACAUGAAUGACGAAUACUUUCCGAGUGUUAAAUCCAAAGAAACCUUACAGUGCACUUGCGGAAAAUGCUCAUAUCGUCCUUAUGUGAGAGACAUCCAGCUUUGUAACUGYAAAAGCUGCGUUCCCCAGCCAGAUGAUGAUUUAUACAAGAUUAUAGAAAGACGCUGCUUAAGGUCAGAAAUUUGCAACGAGCUCAACAAGAAGGAUGUUCCAAAUUGGAAUGAUUUGUCGAUAUACAUAAGAAUAGAUAGACAAAUACCAGACAUCAAAAGCAACGAUAAUCCUGCCCAUGUUGUGYUAGAGAGGCUCAAGACCUCGCGACCAAGGAUGAGGCUUGAAGACUUUAACGUCAUAUUGAAGAAUAUACGACGUCAAGACAUAAUGGACGUCAUCAUGCGUCAUCAUACCACGUGCUUGCUAUGUCGACGAAAUUCCUUUGAUGCCAGCGUACAUGAUCUACACAUGCCGUCUGAUUUUAAGACCUCGAACUUUGUUAAAAGUAUUUAGUCGAAUUUCUUUGUUUAUCUCUUAUCGAACAAUGAUAUCGAACAAUGAUUUCUUCUUUUAGUCAAUCAAUGCUUGUAAUUCUUCAAACAAAAAAUUACAUUGCUUUCAAAACGGUUUUUGGGUCCUUUUCAGUUUCUAUGCUAAAGAUUGUUACCCUGCUGAACCUGUAUGAGCUAUUGUAGAUUUUUUUCAAGAAAGGUACAGGUCCACCAAGCAUUCAAAAACUGAAUUCCAAGGUCACAAAGAACUACACAAUACGGAGAAAGUAUAGAGCUACUUACACCCACAUCAAUUUCAAAUAGGUCUGAUAUAACAAUUACUGAGAACUAUCUCUAUAUAAGACAAUAGCUAUAUGAAUUUUUGAGUAAUAUUAWUAUCAUUAUCGUUUUUUAUUUUUUAAACUGGACAGCUGAAUUGGUCCGUCCGUGUCGAAGAGAGUAGUUUUAUAAAGAUAUCGACAGGUCCCAGCAAURCGAGUUGAUAUAUGUUCUAUAGCAGUGUAGUUAAGUGGGUCCGCAAAUUCAACUACAUUUACAGGCAAACAAAGCGAAACCAAACCAGAAAAUCACACUAUCACUUAGUACGAUUCCUCCAAUAAACCUUGGCUUUUAGCGAUCUCUUUUACACUGUGUUAGGGUCAAAACYAUGUAAUAUUUUCUUGAAUUGUAGUAUAGCCUGCGCAAAUGCAAGAAUUCUGUUAGCAUUGAAGACAAUGAAAAUAGUUUGAAAUUCCGAGAAUUUAUCUAAAUUUCUAACAGAGUGCUAAAGAUAUCGUGAAACUCAAUUUUCAGCCCAAGAACUCAAAAGUAUCAUAAAUGUAUGUCGUACUUUAUUGUCAUUAUAAGUAUAAUAAAGAAAGAUGGAAGA